UAUAUGUUUAUCUCACACAAUGAGAAAUCCCACUUUCUUCAAUGAAUGGUUGCCUUUCAUUUCUCACCACCCAUAUUAUUAUUGUUUAUGUUCUUCUAAUUAUAGUCAUCCUUCUCCUUCACACCCUAAUUAUCAUAACAUCCCAUCAUCAUCAUCAUCAUCACAUCAACUAAAAGAAACUCUUCCUCUUCUUAGCAAUUUAAGUCACACAAAACUUGACCUAGGUCAACAUGACCAUCAUCUUUCAUAUAAUCAAGAAAUGGAAGAUAAAAAUAUAUUCAAAUGCACAAGUACAAUUACAAAUCAAGAAGCUGUUAGUGUAACACUAAAUAUAGGGCUUUCUACUACUUCUACUAGCUUCCCUAGUUGCUCUAAAUAUAAGGGUAAUAAUGGUGAUGAAAUCCUUCUUGGGUUUCCUUGCUGCACUAAAAAGAAAAGUGUUAAAGAAAAUGAUAAAAUGCUUCUAGGGUUUCCUAUAUUGAAGAAGACUAGCCAGUAUUGGAUUCCAAAUCCUGGUCAGAUACUUGCUGGUCCAAAUAAGUUUCCAUGUCCAAUUUGCUCCAAGAACUUCACAAGAUAUAACAAUCUUCAGAUGCACAUGUGGGGACAUGGUUCACAAUACAGAAAGGGACCAGAGUCUUUAAGGGGAUCCCAGCCCACAGCCAUGUUAAAGCUGCCAUGCUACUGUUGUGCACCAGAGUGCAAGCACCACAUUGAUCACCCUAGAUCAAGACCACUUAAAGACUUUAGAACCCUUCAAACACAUUACAAGAGGAAGCAUGGAGUGAAGCCGUUUGAGUGCAGGAAAUGCGGGAAGGCAAUUGCGGUGAAGGGUGAUUGGAGAACACAUGAAAAGAAUUGUGGGAGGAUAUGGUAUUGUACAUGUGGUUCAGAUUUUAAGCACAAAAGGUCACUUAAAGAUCAUGUCAAGGCAUUUGGUCAUGGUCAUAAUGGCGUAGAUUUCACUCGAGAAGAAGAAGAUGAGGAUGACGAAGACAUGAUAUCUGGGAUAGAAAUCAUGUGACUUAAUGCUGAUGACUCUACUUAUUAUGUUUAGUGGCUUUUGCUUGGAUGUCACUUGUAUCGUCGUCGUAUCGAUUUUGGGUUUUAUAGUAUAUGUUUUUGUUUUUUAGAUUAUCUAUAUGGUACUUGUCAUCAUGGCCAAAAGAGGAUCUUUAGUUGAUGUUUUUAAACUUCUGAUCAUCAAAAUUGAAAGAAUUUGCAAG